ACAGCCGCGUUGAGCGCAGUAGGAUUUCACACACAGGACGCUGCCUGCAUCUCCGAUAUCUGAGACAAUCAAAGCCGCUAAAACUCACAUACAAUUUCGCAUCAGAUUUACAACCAUGAGAAAAAAGUCCAGGAUGCUACUAUGCUUUGCCGUUCUUUGGGUGCUUGGCAUCGCUUACUAUUUUUAUUCUGGGACAACCUUGAGUCGAAAGGACAUCUGGAAUGGGUUUGACUCCUCGAACAGGAACCAGGCCCACAGCAGUGCAGCCGACAGGAGCAAUGGCCUGGAAACACUGCCUCCAGGGAAGGUGAGGUGGCAGGACUUUGACCAGGACCUGUAUGUGGGAGCGACCGUGGUGCGACCGGGGCAGGAUCCCUAUGCCCGCAACAAGUUCAACCAGGUGGAGAGCGACAAGCUUCGGAUGGACCGCGGCGUUCCUGACACCAGAAACGACCACUGCCGACACAAGCAGUGGAGGACAGACCUGCCGGCCGCCAGCGUGGUCAUUACCUUCCACAACGAGGCUCGAUCCGCCCUUCUGCGCACUGUGGUCAGUGUCCUGAAGAAGAGCCCACCCCACCUGGUCAAAGAGAUUAUCCUGGUGGACGAUUACAGUGACAACUCUGAAGAUGGCUCUCUAUUAGGCAAAAUCGAGAAGGUACGAGUUCUUCGGAAUGAUCGUCGAGAAGGUCUGAUGCGGUCCCGGGUUCGAGGGGCGGACGCAGCCACGGCCGGCGUGCUGACCUUCCUGGACAGCCACUGCGAGUGCAACGAGCACUGGCUGGAGCCACUGCUGGAGCGGGUGGCGGAGGAUAAAAGUCGUGUUGUGUCUCCCAUCAUUGAUGUCAUCAACAUGGACAACUUCCAGUAUGUGGGUGCGUCAGCUGACCUCAAAGGAGGUUUCGACUGGAAUUUGGUGUUCAAGUGGGACUACAUGACAGUAGAACAGAGACGGGCCCGACAAAGCAACCCCAUCGCUCCCAUAAAGACACCCAUGAUUGCGGGAGGCCUCUUCGUCAUGGACAAGGACAAUUUCGAAAAGCUGGGAAAAUAUGACAUGAUGAUGGAUGUCUGGGGGGGAGAAAAUUUAGAGAUCUCAUUCCGGGUCUGGCAGUGUGGAGGGAGUCUGGAGAUUAUCCCCUGUAGCAGGGUGGGGCAUGUUUUCCGAAAACAGCACCCCUACACCUUCCCAGGGGGCAGCGGCACUGUCUUCGCCAGGAACACGCGCCGCGCUGCGGAGGUUUGGAUGGACGAGUAUAAGAACUUCUACUACGCUGCUGUCCCCUCGGCCCGAAACGUCCCCUAUGGCAACGUUCAGAGCCGCCUGGAGAUGAAAAAGAAUCUGGCCUGCAAACCUUUCAAGUGGUACCUGGAUAACGUCUACCCCGAGCUCAGGGUCCCGGACCACCAGGACAUCGCCUUUGGUGCGCUGCAGCAGGGGGCCAACUGUUUAGACACGCUGGGACACUUUGCCGACGGGGUAGUGGGGGUGUACGAGUGCCACAACGCCGGGGGCAACCAGGUACCUUUCCGAGCUCAGGAGUGGGCUCUAACCAAGGAUAAGUCGGUGAAGCAUAUGGACCUGUGCCUGACCGUGGUGGACCGGGUCGCUGCCUCUCUGAUCAAACUCCAGGGCUGCAGGGACAACGACAGCAGACAGAAGUGGGAACAGAUCGAGAGUAACUCCAAGCUGCGGCACCUGGGCAGUAACCUGUGUUUGGACAGCCGGAGCGCGCGGUCCGGGGGCCUCACCGUGGAGGUGUGCAACCCCUCCCUCAGCCAGCAGUGGAAGUUCACACUGAAUCUGCAGUCCUAGAGCCCCACGCCCUGCUGGCCCCAGCACGGCAGAGCCACGGGCCCCACAACCCUGGGCCACACGGCCGACGAGACUCGAGAGAAAGAGAUCUGGGAUACUUAUCAACGGUGUGACGAUGAUGAUGAGAUGGAGAUGAUUUCCAUCCAACUAUAUACCUCAGUGUUUCAUCUUGGUCCAGCUUUUGCAUAGUGAAUCCUUGUUUUUCUGAUUCAAGUGAAAUGAAAUAACUUCCUUUUAUUUUUGUUAAUGUUUCUUCUCUGUGGGUUUUUUUUGUUUUUUUGUUUUUUUGCGCGAUCCUGAAACAGAUUCAUUGGAAGUUCUGGGAUCUCUCUCCCUGUGAGAAAUUCUGGGAUGUCUGGUUGAGUGGAAUGUGAUAAGCCCCCUCCAGACCGCAUCUGUUUUAGUUUUGGAUUCCGCAGGAUUUGGUGGGAGCAUCGCUGGGUUUUGGGUCACAUUGGUUGGAAUUGUUUACGGAAAGCUGCUGGUGGCGGAAGUGAACGGACUCCUCUACGGACCGUGCGCUCUGAGAUGCAGGCGGUGCUCAGCCUCGUUUCUCCGGAGUUCAUAAAACGUGCUGGGGAAAUGAGAAGACCUGCUUCCUUUUUUGCAGUGUGCACCCGGCCCCUCUCUUCAGUCGUUUGUACUGAAGGGAGCAGAAUGUGAACCAAAAACUGCCUUUUACUGAGGACUUCUAUGUCAGAGGAACUGCCAAAACUACAGACAGACGGACAGACAGACACCGUACUGCCAGAGGCUGUGAAAAGAGGCACUGGCUGCUACUCUGUUCAGGCUUAAACUCCACAAUCGCUUCAGUGUUGUACAGGAAAUAUUCAACGCUUUUUUUUUUUAAUCAAAAGGACAGAAACCAUUACCUUAUCUAUUAGACUGUGGCUGUUGUUUUUCCUCUAGAGAAAUGUUUUAGUUUGAUUCCCUGUGUAGAAUAACAAGCUCCAGACCAAAUGGGCAGAUGUUUCUGUUUCUGGUCUCUCCUUAUGCUCUGUGUGAGUGUGGAGAUAUCUACCUUUGGUUCAUUUUCCCCCUUCUCUGGUUAUGUGGCCCAUUAAUCUUAUUGUUUAUAACCGUGAAUAAAGUGACCUCUGGUUGUUGCGUAUUACAGGGUAAAGACAUAACUGAGCAUUCAGAGAAAAAGAUUUGGGGAAAUAUUGUCAAAUAAUGUACAUCAUUUUGCCAUUUUGUCUGGAUCUGCCAGUUUUGUCUGUUGAACAAAGCAAUCAUUUUAAGUCAAACAUUUGAAAUCCACAGAAAGCAGUGAACUAGAGGACUGUGUUUGUGUUGCAUGUUGAACUGAAACUUGAGCAUCAAUUGUAGUCUAUUCUUCAUUUCUUGUUGUUGACCAGUUCUUCAGCCACAUAUACGAUUGCCUCUUUUGAUAUCUUUCAUACUGUAAGUGAGAAUGUAAGUGAGUUUGUGCUACAGCAGGAUAAUGCUGUGAAAGACUGAAAGGAAGAACUGUACAUGGGGAGAAAAAGCAAUAAGACUUCCUGUUUGCAGUUUUCUGUGUAGCUGCUUCAACUUGAAGCAUCUUGCUUUGAUUUCAAGGGGUGAUGGGAGAGUGAGGUGGAACUAUAGUGAGCUGUCGAUCACUGAUGUAUUUAAAUCAAUCAAAACCAUUUUCAUGCCACAGCAAAAUGCAAUGAUUGGUCUGUAUCAGUGCACAUGCGACAGCACCUUCCAUUUUGGAUUUCAUGAAGCCUCGCUCUGUCAUCUCUGGUUUAAGAUGGUGUCUUACGGUUUGCUCUGGGAUGGACAAGGAGUCUGUGUUAUCAUUACUUUUCUCUUAGGGUGAGGGGAGUUUCAUUAUCACAGCAAUUAAUUUAUUCAUGAAGAGAUGAUUGCAUAUUUUUCAUAUUGUAUGACUGUAUUUUGUUAGCCGUAUUAUAUAAAUAUAUUUUCUAUUCACACAUAAAAAGUCCCAGAUCUCUCCCUGCCACCAGCCUGUACAGUGUGUAUAAAGGGACUCAUGUCUCCCCUGAUUGGCUCAAACAAGGUGUCAGAGGUCAGAAGGCAGUCGCGGCUCCUUUGUGCUAGCCCCUCUGAGAGAAUGCUCCUCAGUCAAAGGAUUCAUCUGACUUAAGCUUAAUGAAAAUGACUCUGCAGAAGAAAUGGGGCUUGUCAGAUGUAAGGAAUCACAGUGUUCAAUAAGGAUAAGGUAAGAACUUUGUGUGUUGUUGUGAGAUCAAUGCAAAUGUAAACAAAGAUGCAAGCUUUGAAAGAAGUUUGUGUGGUUAACAUCUACAUAAUGAUAUCAUUGUGUUAAAGCAUUUUGAAUAAAGUCUUUUUUAUAAGGUGCACAUAAGUAUAUUGUUCAUUUUAAGGUAAAUGGAGAACUCAAAAAUAAAACUGAAUUCAUGAACUAUGAGUAGUUUGGUAGUUCUUAAUUGGUAAACAUGUUUACUUGGUAAAAUGUGCCAAAACUAUUUACUAUUUUAUUGACAUAGUACAUAUUAGAGAUGAGGAAAGUGCAACUAUUUCUGGAUGGUGUGGAAUAUGUGAGCCAAAUGCUAUAUUCAUGAGAUGAUGUUUUAUUAAUCUUUUGGUUAUUCUGAAAAGAAAAAAAUAUUCCUUCAUUGCACAGAAGGAAAAACAAUGUGCAUUAAGUGUAUAAUGGAGGAAGAGGUGAGGCAGACUCCACACAGAAAUCCUCACGCACACACUCACACUGGGUUCAUAGUCACCUGGUCUACUGUACAGAGCUUGUCAUUGUUCAUUGUUUUAUAGUUGUGAUGAAAGAUCAAGUUUGAAUGAGGAGAAACGAUUAACUUAAAUAAAUGCAUUUGUACAUUA